UCUUCCUCUAAAACUCGAGGCCAUGCUUCCAUUCCUCGCCUCCUUUCUCCUCCUCCUCUGCCACCAAGCCAGCGCCGGCGGCGACAGAGGUCCGAGCUUGGCGAGACAGUUCCUGGGCCCGCACAACGCCCCCCGGUCGGCGCUCCGGCUCAGACCGCUGGUCUGGGACGCCCGGCUGGCUCGUUACGCGGAGCGGUACGCAAACCGGCGGCGCGGGGACUGCGCCCUGGUCCACUCGGCCGGUCCAUACGGGGAGAACAUCUUCUGGGGGAGCGGUUCGGGCUGGACCCCGGCCCAGGCCGUGGCGGCCUGGGUCUCGGAGCGGAAGUGGUACCGCUACGGCUCCAACUCGUGCGCCGGGGGCUGGGAGAGGUGCGGCCACUACACUCAGAUCGUGUGGCGCACCACCCGGCGGCUCGGGUGCGCCAGGGUAAACUGCGCUGGCGGCCGAGGGGUCUUCAUUGUUUGUGACUAUGAUCCCCCAGGUAACUUCGUUGGAGAGAGGCCAUAUUGAUCAUUGAUUGAUUGAUUGAUUAUUGUUGUGUUCUAAUUUAUAUAUAUAUAAAGACGCAAUGUAAAAUAAAUUGUAUGAUCUCU